UUCCCCGUUGUCAUAAUCGCUCGUUUUUGGAACUGCCAGAGGCAGAGGAGAGGAGGACAGACGACGCAGUCACACUACAAGCAGAGCUCGAAAAACAUACGUGGAUAUUUUCUUCUUUCCCACCUGGUGGAGCAGUUCUCCUCCGCCCGUUUCGUUUAGAGUGGCCUUCAAGACUCACCUGUAGAGAAGACUGACACGACACGACGCGCGUCCGCAAAAGCCACAACGGUAAAUCCCGGAGCGGUGCGCGACGAUUACUUAAUCCAGCGAACGAAACAAAAAGUGAAAGUUCCUCCGCGUCGUGAAGCGAACCAAAGCGAAAUUAUGAAACAGCUUGCCGCGUUAACCUUGGCGUUGUUCGCAACGGUGGCACUCGGUCAACGUGUCGCCCCCGGCGUCAAUCCCGGUCACUAUCAACAGCAGCCUUACCAACAACCUCAGCAGCACUAUCAGCAGCAACCUCCGGUCGCCCAGCAGCAGCACUAUCAACAGCAGCAGCAGCAGCAGCAACCCCAAUACCAGCAGCAACAAGUGCCGGUACAGGCGCAGUAUCAGCAGCCGCAUCAAGUUCCGGUGCAACACCAGCAGGUUCCAGUUCAGGGCCACCCGCAGCAGGGACAGCCCCAUCCACAGCAGCAGCAUCAUGGGCAGCCCCAGCAGGUGCUGAAUACGCACAACAUUCAGCACGAGAAGCAGCACAUUGCCGAGCACAUGGACGUGCCGAUCGACACCAGCAAAAUGAGCGAACAGGAGCUGCAGUUCCACUACUUCAAGAUGCACGACUCGGACAACAACAACAAACUGGACGGGUGCGAGCUGAUCAAAUCGCUCAUCCACUGGCACGAGGAAAGCAAAAAUCAGGACCAACCUGCCCACCAGGAUAAGAUAUUUUCGAACGACGAGCUGUCUGCACUGAUAGACCCGAUUCUGAACUCGGACGACCACAACAAGGAUGGGUUUAUUGAUUAUCCAGAGUUUGUGCGAGCCCAGCACAAGGCGGCCCAGCAGGGAACCGACCAGGCGGCCGAUGGCAAACACUAGAAUUUCCAAGAAACGCUAGUGUCGAGCCAUAAGAGACUCUCUUUUUCUUUAUGUUGUUUUUCCGUCUUCAAAAUUAUGUGCUUAAACAUUCCGGUUUAUUCCUUACGAACAAAAACUAAGUAUUACUUCCAGUUGCACAAAAUGUAUCGAACGAUUCUUGGCGGAACUUCUAAUGCCAAGAACUCCGUUCCCGACUGAUUGUUAAACAAAAAUCUCAUUUGGAAUGUCUAUUGUUUCUUUUCUUCUGUUCAACGGGCACUGAAUAUCCAAAACGAACAAAACAAGUACGAAUCAAACUGACGAUUAAAAUCCACACUCUAUUUUUGUAAAAAAGGUGAUUUUUGAAAUGAAAAAAGAAAAUAAGAUGUAAAUUUCAUUACACACAAUAAACAUUUGCCAUAAUGGCAACACCAUU